AUGCCGGGUUUAGGGAAAACUACAUUGGCUGAAAAAGUUUACACAGAUCAAUCUGUCUCGCGCCAUUUUCAGGUUCGUGCCUGGACUGUCGUGUCCCAAAAAGUGGACAAAAGAAGAGUGUUCCUGGACCUCUUGGCUCAAAUUGAUCCCAGUAAAUGUUCUGAGGCGACUAGUAGUUCUGAUGCAACUACACAAGAUUUAGCAGAAAAGUUGUGGCGAAGUUUGAAGGGAAAGAGAUACCUAAUAGUUUUGGAUGAUGUAUGGGAUGUCGCAGCAUGGCUGAGCUUGGAAGAAUCAUUCCCAAAUGAUUCAAAGGGAAGCAGAAUAAUAAUGACUAGUCGUCAUCAUGAUGUUGCUUCUCUUGGUAUGCUCGAUGAAAGUCCUCAUGAACUUAAGCCCCUCAAUAAAGAUGAGAGCCUUGAUUUGAUCCAAAGGCAGUUAUUUGGUGGAAAUGGUUGGCCUGCUGAAUUAGUUGAUCUUGGAACGCAAAUCUAUGUCAUUUCAGGCGGACUACCUCUCAUACUAGUGAUCGUAACUGGUAUUCUAAAAUCCAUAAUGCCAGGGAAUUGGAAGAAGGUUCUGGAUGAUAUAAACCCUGGCAAGUUACAAGAACAUUGCAUGGAAACACUGGAUCUGAGUUACAGACAUUUGCCGGAUCAUUUGAAGCCAUGCCUUCUUUAUUUUGCGGCAUUUCAAGAAGAUGAAAAUGUCUCAGUCAAGAGUUUGCUUCAGUUAUGGAUGGCGGAAGGGUUUGUGCGGGAAUUUGGGAUGAAACGCCCGGCUGAUGUUGCUGAAGAGUACCUGAAUGAUUUAAUUAACAGAAGCUUAGUUAUUCCUACCCAGCGAAAAUCCAUUGGUGGAGUCAAAACAUGCCGCAUCCAUGACUUGGUUCACGAAUUUUGUUUGCAGAAAUCAAAAAGUGAGCAGUUUUUCCAUUUCCUAGAAGGAGGGAACGAUGCGCUGCUAGCAUUUAAUGAGCCACGCUACCUACGGAGGUUAUGCAUUCACUCAAAUACAGAACAAUUCGUAGAGGCGAAGGUAUAUUGUUCUCAUGUUCGCUCUCUGCGUUUCAAGAAUUUUGAUGAAGAAUGGUUUUUUGGAGAUGCCUCAUUCAUAAUGCGUAUUAGCAAGUUUCUAAGGGUGUUGGAUACAGAGCAAGUUUGUUUAUAUUGGAAGAUUCCAAGUGAAAUCGGACUACUUGUUCAGUUGACCUACCUGGCAAUUGCAUGCUCAUCAAUCCCACAAUCAAUUGGUAAUCUCUCUAACUUAGAAACUGUCAUUCUGAACCCAUAUAGUUUCCAGUGCAUUCUUCUUCCAAACAGCUUCUGGAAUCUACAGAAACUGAAGCAUUUUUACAUAAGAAGCAAAAACUCUGCGUUUAGAGUAAUUUUACCGCAGGAAAAGCUUGACAGUUCAUCUGAUCUAUUUGGUCUGGAUAAGAUUUCUGGUUUGUAUAUUUCUCCUGAAUGCAUGGAUGGAGUCAUGAAAAAACUUCCAAACAUUCGUAGGCUGAAAUUUAGAAUUCCUGAUGAGUACGGAACAGGAAAUGUUGAGAUAGUAGUUCCUAACUUUUUGAGUAAGUUAGAGUCACUUCAUAUAAGGGUAGAUGAUCUUCCUAGCGCCAUGUUUGAGUUUACUUUGCCAGAGAAUCUGAGGAAAUUGACAUUGGUACGAUUUAAUUUGUCCAAAAGGUGUCUUUCAAGCCUUGGCACGCUGGCAAACCUGGAAGUCCUCAAGUUAGAGGGCGUCCAUUUUGAAGGAAACACAUGGAAAUUGAAAGAGGGGGGUUUCUCUAAGCUUAGAAUUUUGAAAUUGCGUUCCAGAAACCUACGCUUGUGGAGUAGUCCUGACGAGGAUCAAUUGGUUUCUCUUGAGAAGUUGCAUUUGUACGACUGCUCAAAUUUAGAAGAGAUGCCUUCUUGUCUACAAAGCAUUGCAAUGCUUCAGAUUAUCGAGGUUAUUUACUGUCCGAGGUCUGUAGUAGAGUUGGUGGAAAACAUUGAGGAAGCACAGAUUGACUAUGGAAAUUUAGAUUUGAAAAUCAUCACUCGCCGGUCCUGUUGA